AGGCGGAGGGAGCGGCGGGCGCCAGGGCCGGGUGGGGCAGCGACUCCCCCUUCAGCCCGCCGGCCCCGGGCGUCGCCCCCGCCCCCCACGUGGCCGCAGCCGUCCCAGCCCCUGCGAGGAAGCGGCGCGGCUUCCUGCGGCUUGGGACGGGGAUAUAGGCGCCCCCGCCCGGGCCCGGCUCAGCGCCGCCGCUCCUCCUCGCCUGUUCGCCGCGCGAUGGCCUCGCUCCGGGCGGAGCGCGCUGCCGGCGGCCCGCGGCUCCCCGCGACCGGCGCCGGGCGACCGGCAGCGCUCCGCCUCCUCCUGCUGCUGGGCGCUGUCCUGAAGCCCCAGGAGUCCCUGGCUCAACUUCCCACCCCAGACGGCUUCAAGUCAGAAGGAAAAACAGUGGAGGAGAAGUAUGAGACAAAUGUCCUACGUUGCUGGGAUGAUUAUAAAGUUCAAAUGGACUCUAUCGAAAAGGAUUGGUGUGACUGGGCCCUCAUUAGCAGGCCUUACAGCAUCCUUCGAGACUGCUUGGAAAGGAAUGCAGAAGAGUUUGGCCUGGGCUUCCCCAAUCCCUGGGCGGAACAGAUCAUCUUUGAGACUCACCAGAUCCACUUUGCCAACUGCUCCCUGGGGCAGCCCCCCUUCUCAGACCCCCCAGAGGAUGUGCUCUUGGCCAUGAUCAUAGCCCCCAUCUGCCUCAUCCCCUUCCUCGUCACCCUUGUGGUGUGGAGGAGUAAAGACAGUGAAGCCCAGACCUAGGGUGGCGUGAGCUCUUCAGCCGCCAUCUUACUCCUUUCUUCUGCAGGUCUCUCCCCUCCCUACUUCCUUGUCUCACUCCUACCCCAACUGCAGAUCCUUAGAUCGGUGGAAAUGGAAGCUGGGUGGGGUCAAGGCUCAAGUUCUGUAAUCUUCAAAAUAAAACUGUUUUUUUGUACACUGUU